AUGUCUAUGUACUCUCAUCGAGGCAUGGGGGCCGUCCCCCCUGGCAACUCCGCGCGCCUCAACGAACUGCUCGACCAAAUCAGAGCCGAAUUUGAAACCCAACUUCGUCAGACUGAAGGGUUUGAGCACCAGAAUAGUGGUUGGCUGACCCGGUGGUACGUGCGAGCAGUUUCUGCCCAAGUCAGCGAGAUGCAGCUGGUCAGGGAAAAGGUGUAUGCAAUGGAACAGACACAUAUGACCCUGAAGCAAAAAUAUGAGGAAGAAAUCAGCAUGCUUCGUCAUCAGCUUGAAAACGCCCGCAAAGGUGGUCCGCAACCAGGCAUGCCCGGCCCUCCCCAGCAUCCCGGCCCUUCUCAGCAGCCACCUUCCCUUGCACCUGGAAAUGGCCUCUUUAGUGGCAUAAUGGCCGGCGGGAAUCAAGCUGGACUGGCUCCUCCACAGCAACAACCGCAUGCUCCUCCGCAGGAACAGCAGAUGGGACCUCAGCACCAGAUGGGCCAAGGGCCUCCUGGCCUUCCUGUCCCUCCGCCACAUCCUAAUGCUCAACAGCCGCCCUACCAGCAGGGCUAUCCCCAGGGACCUGUCUCCAACGGCAUGGGCCCUCAACCGCCUCAGAGCACUGCUUCGCCGGGUCCAGGGCGAAGAGGAGUUGGGCGGCCACCUGCCGUUGGCCCUGCUACUCCCCAGAUAAAUACUCCUGUUCCGUAUCCAGGCAAUGCACAAUCGCCUCAGGUUAGCCACCCAACGCCUGAUCACGCUCGCAUGGGCGGUCCUCGUGCGCCCCCUGUUGGCAAUGCAUUGGGUGAUCUCGAAGUCGACGCUGUCGCACCACACAACAAAAAAACAGGCAGUGAUUGGUAUGCCAUCUUCAACCCGGCUGUCCAGCGAGUCUUGGACGUGGACCUCGUUCACUCGCUCACCCACGAGAGUGUCGUGUGUUGCGUCAGGUUUAGCCAUGACGGUAAAUACGUGGCCACCGGCUGUAACAGAUCCGCUCAAAUUUUUGACGUCCAAACUGGUGAGAAGGUGUGCGUAUUGGAGGAUCACAAUGCGCAAGAUAUGACCGCCGAUUUGUAUAUUAGAAGCGUUUGCUUCAGCCCUGACGGCCGCUAUCUGGCCACUGGCGCUGAAGAUAAGCUGAUUCGAGUCUGGGACAUUCAAUCUAGAACUAUUCGCAACCACUUUUCCGGCCACGAACAAGAUAUUUACUCCCUUGAUUUUGCACGCGACGGCCGAACGAUAGCAUCUGGCAGCGGCGACCGAACAGUUAGGCUGUGGGAUAUAGAGCAAGGCACCAAUACACUGACGCUGACUAUUGAAGAUGGGGUCACAACCGUUGCGAUCUCUCCCGAUACGCAGUAUGUUGCUGCUGGAUCCUUGGAUAAGAGCGUCCGCGUGUGGGACAUUCAUUCCGGAUUUUUGGUCGAGCGCCUGGAAGGCCCCGAUGGUCACAAGGACUCUGUCUACUCAGUAGCAUUCUCGCCCAAUGGGAAAGAUCUCGUCAGUGGAAGCUUGGAUCGAACUAUCAAAAUGUGGGAGCUUAGUUCUGCCCGUGGUGGGCAGAGUGCUGCCCCUAAAGGUGGCAAGUGCGUUAAAACAUUCGAGGGCCAUCGUGACUUCGUUCUAUCGGUUGCUUUGACACCCGAUGCCAACUGGGUGUUGUCAGGAUCGAAGGAUCGAGGUGUCCAAUUUUGGGACCCGCGCACUGGUACCACACAGCUGAUGUUACAGGGACAUAAAAACUCUGUGAUCUCGGUUGCCCCAAGCCCUCAGGGUGCCUACUUUGCCACGGGAUCCGGCGACAUGAAGGCGCGUAUCUGGUCAUACCGACCGUUUUAA